GAGGGAGUGUCUGCUGGGCUCAGGAGCAGCCUGACGUCUUGUUGGUGUGAAUGACUUAAAAGAAACAGUCUGACAACAGCUCAGCAGGCGAGGCGAUCACGGAAAGCUGUGGAGCAGUUUUUCUUUCGGAACUUCUUCCCGCUUCCAUCCUCCCUCCACCUGUAUGACUGCGUGAAGACGAAAGCGACUCACCUAUGGAGGGCACCGUUCAGGCUUCUCAGACUGGAGGCGCCUCAAAACCCAAGCCAGGUCUGGCCCCCAAACCUCGGCUCACUCCCAAGCCCUUCUCUCUGCAGAAGAACACCGCCAUUCGCUCCAUUCAUGCUCCAAAGACAGUCCCCGCUGUGUCGAAGUCAAAACCGGACCAGACAGGAAAAUUAGAGGCCACAGGUGUCCCCAAACCAACUUUGACCAGCCCUGCUCAAAAACCGCCUCAACCAGCUUCCACCUCACUCCCCAAACCAAGCUCUGUAAGCGUUCCGACCAAAACUCGACCAGAAACAACCAAAACAAAUGAAGCAAGCCUCCAUGAAGAGGGCACUCAAAAAUCUGAUCCAGUCUCACAAACCACUCCAUCCAAGGAGACUCCCAAAUCUGAGCCAAUCCAGAAAGACGAUGUCAUCCAAGCGAACCACAAAGAAUCUCUAGAUAUUGUAGCUAAAUCAGCUUCCACCUCAGAACCCAAACCAAGCUCUGUAAGUGUGCCCAUCAAAACUCAACCAGAAACAAACAAAACAAGUGAAGCAGGCCUCCACAAAGAUGGUACUCUUGAUUCUAGUGCAGAAAAAUCUGAUCCAGUUCCACAAAUCACUCCACCCAAGCAGGCAACCAAAUCUCAGCCAGUCCAGACAGACGGCGUCCAAACGAACCACGAAGCAUCUGCAGAUAUUGCAACUCGCUCAGAGCAGAAAGAUGGAAAACAUAAAGAAGAAACUCAAUUAUCUGUUGUCCAGAAGGUUGAGGAGUCAGGCAGUGAUGGUUCCUCCGCAGCCAGCCCAGUAUUUCGAAAGGGCAGCACGAGGAAACGUCUCUCCAUGGAGCUUACCUCAAAGUUUGAAUUAGGUGGUCUGUCUCUGCCCCCUCAACCUACUAAAGCCAUCUCUACAAGCAACACCAAAGAUCAGUCAAAAAAGUCACAACCAGAGCCGAGCAAGGCAACACCAGAGCCGGUAAACAGAGAGAGUGAUGACGCAGAAAAAACAGAGGAAUACCAUGGAGGAGAAAGUAUAAAACGCAGAAUCAGUCUUCUGUUUGACUCGUCUUCGAGGCCGGAGGUCAUGACGAAGAGAGAGGAGCCAGAAAUAAUAAACGGUGCAGGAGGUGUGAAGGAACGAAUCAAAAACUGGGCCGUAGAAUCAAGUUCUGAGGGCCCAAAGACAGAGAAGAAGCCUCAGGUUGCACCCCGAACUCGCUCCAAGAGCUCUGAGCCUGCAGCUGCUCCAACAGCACAGGAAACCCCAAAAAUCCCAACUGAACGUCCUGCAGCAGAGACAUCAGCUUCUCAGCCUGUGGAUCCGAUUUCAAAGGUGUCACCUGCUGAACAACCAACAGAGACCCCACUGGAAAUAUCAAAAGACACUCCGAGUGAAGAUAAAUCACUGGAAAGCACAACAGAGACACCAAAAGAGCAAAGCAAAUCACCAGAAGGUGAUGUCCAGCCACGAAGUUGUAUCCCAUCUACGACCAACACUGCCAACGAUGAGGGUGACUCAGCAGCAAGUGAAAGCGGCGAACCUGCACUAAAGAGGAACAACGUCAAACGUCGCUCUGUUCACUUUGGUAUCGUGGAGAGAGAUGAUGGCGGGCCUCCACUCAUCCUGGGCUCAGCGUCUGAAUCCAGUUCAGAAGAAGAAGAAGAGGCUCAGGGGGAUGAAAUUGAUGAGGAAGUCCCCGUUUCAGUGCCUGUCUAUAAAAGAGCCGGAAUUCUUCAGAGGAAGGAUGAUGAGAUCCAAAAAGAAGAAGAAGAGGAAAGAUUGAAACAUCUGGAAUUUGAGAAAAGGCGAAGAGCAGAAGAGCAUGAGCAGGCAAAGCUUCAGUUAGAAGAAGAGCAGAAACGGGAAGAAGAAGAGAGGGAGAAAGAAAAAGUGAGACAGAGGGAAGAGGAGAAACAAAGGGAGGCGCUGUUGCAGGAGGAGAUGGAGAAACGGAGAAAGGAGGAAUGGGAGAGAGAACGGUUAGAAGAAGAGGAAAGAGAAAAGAAGAGAAUGAGAGAAGAACAGAUGGAAAGGGAAAAGCAGAUGGCGGCGAUGUUACAGAGACAGAGAGAGGAGGAAAGAGAGAGGGCAAAGCAGGAGGAAGAAAGACUUAAACAAGAGCAGGAAGAGAAGGAAAAAGAGAGACUGAAGGAAGAGAAGAGGAAAGAGGAGAGAUUGAGGGAGGAAAGAGAAAGACAGAGGCUAAGAGAAGAGGAGGAGAGACUGAUUCACAAACAAGAAGAGUACAGAUUGGAGAGGAAACUGAUGGAGGAGGAAAUGAAUCUAGAGAAACAAAGAGAGGAGGAGUGGGAGAAAGAAUGGCUGAAGAAGACAGAGAGGUUGAAUGGAGAUGAAAGAAGUAAGGAGAGAGAGAAAGAGGAGGAGAGGAUGAGGGAAAGGCAGAGACAGGAGGAAGAGGACAGAAAAAGAAGGGAGCUUGAGAGGAAAAUGCAGCAGGAACAGGAGGAAGAAAUGGAGAGAAUGAGGCAAGUGGAAAAACAGAAAGAGGAGGAGAGAGCGAGGGAAAGACAGAGACAGGAGGAAGAAGAGAGAAAAAGAAGGGAGCUUGAGAGGAAAAUGCAGCAGGAACAAGAGGAAGAGAUGGAGAGAAUGAGGCAAAUGGAAAAACAGAAAGAGGAGGAGAGAGCGAGGGAAAGACAGAAAGAGGAGAGGGAGAAAGAAAGAUUAAGAGAGGAGGCGGUGGAAAGGGAGAAGCGAUGGAGGCUGGAAGAAGAGGAGAGGAUGAGGGAAAGACAGAGACAGGAGGAAGAGGACAGAAAAAGACGGGAGCUUGAGAGGAAAAUGCAGCAGGAACAAGAGGAAGAGAUGGAGAGAAUGAGGCAAAUGGAAAAACAGAAAGAGGAGGAGAGAGCGAGGGAAAGACAGAGACAGGAGGAAGAAGAGAGAAAAAGAAGAGAGCUGCAGGAACAAGAGGAAGAGAUGGAGAGAAUGAGGCAAAUAGAAAAAGAAAGAGUGGAGGAGCUGGAGAGGAGGAUGCGAGAGGAACUGGAAAGAAAGCAAGCAGAUGAACUCAAAGAACAGCUUAGAGUAGAGGAGGAGAGAAGAAGAGAAGAACCUGAGUUGGCCAGCAGGGAGCAAGAGUUGGCAGCAAACAAAGAAGAGCAAAGUUUAAUCAGUUUUGAUGAUGAUUUGGUUCAGAAGUCAGAAGCACCGCAGUCCCCCUCAACAAAAUUCUAUGAGCCUUCAGAGAGUGUCCUAGAUGUUGUUUAUGAUGACUUCUCAGUGAAAAAGCCUCAAAUCGAUGUGGACUUUGAUGAUUUUUCAGUCAAACCGAGGAAAAGGGCCUUUGAGGCGAAACCAGAAACUACUACCUAUAGAUGGGCAGUUGAUCUCAUGGAUGAAGAGGAGGAGGAGGAGGAAGAGGAGGAGGAGGAAGAGGAGGAGGAGGAAGAGGAUAAUGUCACAUCUCAGGAAUACAACAUAUCAGAGCAGGUGGACAAACCAGACAGCCCCGAACCCACACCGACUCAGGAGGAGGCAGAGGAAGAACAGGCGGAGGUGGAGGAGGUGAAGCAGAGACCAGAGGAGGAAGAGGUGGAAGCUGAGGAGGAGAAAGAGAAGCCAGAGGAGGAAGAGCUCAUCUCUGUGGAGGAGGAAGAAGAGGAGGAGACGGAGAGGGAGGAAGAAGACCACCAGCAGGAGGUGCAAGUUAACAGUUUCUCCAUAACUGAUGACCACAAAGACACUGAUGCUUUGAUAAGCAGUGAACCAGACCUGCAGGAUAGAGUCUGUGAGCUACCAUCUGAAACCGGCAGUUCGAAGCUUGUUCCUGACCGAGUCCCUGACGUCUCCCCUGAAGAUGUUGAUACCACUGAUUUGCACAAAGAGCCAGAGUUUGCUCCGUUCCCUGAGAACUCCACUCCUCUCCUUGACACCAGCGCACAGAGAUCCAGGGCAGACCUGGGUAAGAGGCGAAUCCGAUCGCGUCCGUCACGCUCGGUCCGCACAGGGAUGGCACAGACGGAAGGACUCGACUGGAGAGCUCAUGACUCCACAGACCCAAAGGAGGCAACUUUGAAACAAAGGGAGUCUGAUUCUGAGGAGGAUCAGCCUCCACCGAAGACAGUCAGUUCUCUUCCUCCCGCUUCCCACAGAGUCCCUGUGUUUCCUGGUGUGAACCCUGCAGCUUUACUUGCUCGGCGUAAGAAACGAACAAGUGAAGGAGCAACUUUACCACAUGAAGAAAAGGCCAGAGAGGAGAAAGAAAUUCCAAAUGAGGAAGCAGCACCCUCUCCCUCACAGCUCUCGCGCUCUCCUCGCUCUGCUGCACAUCUCGCAGGGGCUGCACGGGUACUGCCACCCAUAGGCGGCAAGGACGGAGGCGCCAUCUCGUCUCCCGCUUGGCUGAAAGAGUUGAAGUCUAAGAAGCGUAUGAGUCAGCAUGGUGGUGAUUCUUAGUCAGGAGACACUGUGCUGCUGCUGUUCAGCCGGAACCAGUCCACUUCUGCUGCUGCUCCUGCUGCUGACAGACACCUUGACGUGAUUGCUGCAUUCUGCGCUUCGAGUGCCUUAUUUUGGACCUUUGCUGAGAAUUCAGGCUUCUGCUAAACACAGAGGCAAUCAAGAACUUUUUACAGCUUGUAAAUGAAAUAUGGUGCCAAGGCUGUGUGCCCAGACUGUGAUGUGUCAAUGCCAAGUACAUGUUUUUUCAGCUGUUGUAUUGAGGCUCAGUGGGAUGCCAGUGGACUUCAGAGCAAAGCCAUGGACUGUCUUAUUGUUUCAGUGUAUCUGUCACACAUUGACAAGGACUGAUGACAGGAAGCCUUCAGCAGGGAAUCUACAUUCAUACACAUGUAUUUAUAUACUUGUGAGGACACUCAUUAAUAUAAAAUAUUCAUUUGCUCCUUAUUCUAACUCUCAUACAUCACAACUUAAUAUCUAACCCCUGAUUUAAAUCUCGUAAAACCCUAGACCUUAAGAUAACCCUCUAAGAACCCUGAAUAGACAACCAAAACCCCCACAGUGGUUUUAAACUUAAAUGUGUCCACAUAAGUAUAGAAAGACAUGUAUAAGCAUGCAGAUAUGUACAUAAAUACUGAGUAUAAAAAUGUGUGUUUAGUUUAAAUUGUACAAAUGUCUUUUACAUAUUAUAACCAAUCACAAAUCGUCUCAAGUAAAGCUUCAAGCACUUUAAGAGAAAUUAUAACAGAUUACCGUCCAUACAAUACAUUCGAGCAAUAGAAUAAUCCAUUAUGUCAAGAGAUGAUUUUUUUUUUGUCUAGUUUAUCUUUAAAAAAGAUUCCUCAGGACUUAAAUAAGUACUACCUGAUUUUACUAAUACACUCAUUAGCUGGUUGGAAAAUCAACAGCAAGAUGAGAUAUUUGGGUUGUAAAAAUGGAAUCCAGAUGUUCGGUUUGUACAUUUUUUAAUUCUAGAAAAAUGCAGUAAUCUGUUCCAGAUUCUUUUAUGUGUCUUUUUAAUGUGCACAAAUGACUGUCAUGAAUUCUGUAAUCAUUUAUGAUCAACAUACUGUAUGUUAAGAGGAAAUUGAGGGAAUUUUAUUAAAACUUUUUUUCUAUGAAA